AUGGCAAUUACUAACAGUCAUACCUUGGUUUUUGCCUUUGGCAUUCUAGGUAAUAUUGUGUCAUGUGCUGUGUACCUGGCCCCAGUGCCAACCUUUUACAGGAUUUAUAAGAAGAAAUCAACAGAAGGGUUUCAGUCAAUACCUUAUGUGGUAGCACUAUUUAGUGCCAUGUUAUGGAUAUACUAUGCCUUACUAAAGACCAAUGUGACGAUGCUCAUCACCAUUAAUGGCAUAGGCUGCACCAUAGAAACCAUAUACAUAACUCUAUACCUAGUAUACGCUCCAAAGGGGACGAAGAUCUUUACAGUGAAGCUGCUUCUGCUGUUGAACAUGGGAGCAUAUGGACUGAUCUUACUCUUGAGCUUCCUGUUCUUCAAGGGUUUCGGACGAGUUACAGUUGUUGGAUGGGUCUGUGCUGGCUUCUCCGUCAUUGUAUUUGCCGCUCCUCUCAGCAUCAUGAGGCGUGUGAUCAGAACAAAGAGUGUAGAGUUCAUGCCAAUCUCAUUGUCCUUCUUCCUCACUCUGUGUGCAGUCUUUUGGUUCUUCUAUGGCAUCUUGAUGAAAGAUCUGUACAUUGCAAUACCAAAUGUACUGGGAUUUGCACUGGGAGUCGCUCAAAUGAUCCUCUACAUCAUCUACAGAGACUCAAAGAAGCACUUGAUAGUGGAACUGAAGCUGCCUGAGUUGGAUCCCAGCAUCAUAAAGCCGUCCACCACAGAAGCACCAAAGACACAAUCAACAAUCAAUCUACCAGCUGCUGAACCACAACACAACGAGACCAACCACCAGAUUCCCAAAACGCCCAUCGAACCGACUGAAUCAAAAGUGUAAGAAAGAGCUUAUAAAGAAAAGAACAGACCCACCUCCAUGGACGAUGAGCAAAGCAAGA